AUGGCUACCUCAGCAUUACCUCGAGAGCCACAACAAAUGAGCGUUCCUGCUCAGCCAAUCCCUUUGUUCUUCCAUGGUGGUGUCAGACCUCAACCCUGGGCUGCAGCCGCCAUCGACGCAGCCUCUCAUGGGGCUAUAGCAUUCUGUCAGGUAUACUACGAAGCUUAUGAUGAGCCUACGCGGCGAGACUUGGAAAUACCACUUUUGUACCUACCCAACUCGAAGAUCAUAUGGAAUGGCAAUACUGUUCCAUCCGAUAAACCAUCUUUGGCAGAAUUUCUAAAAUGUAUACCACUGAGCAGACAUGAUUUGCAAACUUUAGAUUGUCAUCCUGUAUCUGCCGAACCAAACACUCCUCCAUCAUUGAUAAUCAACGUAACCGGGUCCGUCCUCCACGGACCCACCGUCCUCGCUCCACCAUCCUCCGCCCCAGAUAAUCGAAAUAACAAUGCGAACGGGAAAGACGCGACGAGGGAUAUGCCCAGAAAGUUCCAUGAGAUGUUCAUGUUGAAGGCUGUAGAGCAGAGUGAGGGGAUGCAACCCAAAUACGCCAUACAUAGUUCGAACUUCAGAUUUAUCGGUUAA